UUCUGGACUGUUGAGGAGAGGAGACGUGUGCAUGAAGCUUAUUCAGGUUGCUACGGACUGCCCUUUUUGUUGAGACUGUUUUACAUCUUUCCUGGCAUUGUCCACACUCCAAAGAGCUGUGGAAGGACUUCAGCGGAUACGUUAUUCAGCACAUCCUCAAGUACUUUGUUUUGUCGUGGGAAAAUGUUCAAGUUUGUUUUUAUAGGAGAUCUCGGAGGCUUUUCCCCUUAUAAAGCUAUGGAAUAUUUUGGCGAAAUCUUUUAGUAAAAAGCAGUUAAAAAAAACUCAAUUUCAUUGUUCCCUCAAAGAUGUUGAACAAUAUAUUAAGCUUAUAAACAAAUCUGACAACAAAGAGGCUCUCAAAACAUCAACAAUGUGUUCGGACUUCAACGGGGCGCAGUGAUGACGUAAUAUACAGGCGACUGUUUACUGAGCUGGGGUCACUUGUCGAAGAGACAGCGGCCGCACGUGCGUUCCAAAAAUAGUAGACAGUGAGUUUUUGUUUUUGUCUUGUCACGAAUCACUUUUGACGUCCUACACCUCAGACGCUACCAGGUCAGAAGAGGACACCACAAGGAAGGCAUUAAGGAUUUAAUAAGUUAAAAAAGUGAUGCACACGUACGUCACUUUUUCUUUGUGCCCAACAACACGUAAAACUUCACAGGCGUCAAUCAACAGGCAACGCAAUCAGCGUACUGUCACUGACAAACAAACUAAAACAAGUGAGGAGGUCUGCUGGAAAAUAUGCAAGUUGUGUGAAACAGUGAAGUUCCGAGAAGUCCAUUGUCUUCAUGAAGCGAAGACACGCAGGACAACAAUCAACGUUCAAGGACGCUUUUAAAGAGCUCUGGGCUUGAUGUAAACACGCAAGCAUUCGUACGGCGGACUGGACAUCAAAAUGGCUUCCUGCACGCCAAGUGAGAAUCCUCAAAGAGGUCUGAUGAACAGGAGCGGCAGCUUCUUCAAGCUGAUUGAUGCGUUUGCUCUGGAGAUUGGGGAGUUGAAGAAGGAGAUGGUGCACACCUCUCCAUCAGUGGACCAGCAGCCCGUGGACAUAGAAGGUGAGGUGGGAGGCGUUCACCUGCAGGCUCCCAGCUGUGGCAGGGUGAGGUGUGAAAGGGAUUAUGGGUAUGACUCGCUACGGAGGAGGAUGAGCGUGUUGGACAGACUGAGUCAAACGCACCCCGUUUGGCUGCUGCGUGCGCUCAGUGAAGAAGAGGCCACACACAUCCUGCUCAAACAGCCCCCUGGGGUAUUCCUGGUCAGGAAGUCUCUCUCUCUGCAAAGGAAGGUCCUCUCAGUGCGUCUGAACCAGGAUCAGUCAGGAAGUUCCAUCGGCCACUUCCCUGUCAGAGAAAGCCAGUAUACGUUUUCCCUUGAUGGAUCGGGGAUCAGCUUUGCAGAUAUUUUCCGCCUGGUGGCGUUCCACUGUACAAGCAGGGAUGUGUUGCCCUUCCCGCUCAAACUCCCAGAGGCCAUUGCAUCUGCCAAGACCCAGAAAGACCUUGAGGAGGUCGCUCAACUUGGACCAGGCUUUUGGGGCUCAGCCCUCUGCAGCCAGCAGCACAGCUCCCACCCUCCCUGUCGCCCUUUGAGUCGAACCCUCAGCCCCGAAAGGACGAGCAGGAAUAGUGAGUACAAGGGGUCGCAGCAGAGCCACUGUGAAAGCGCACCGCCCACGUUGCGUCCCCAUGCUCCCUCCACUCCACAUGAGAGAAAGCAUUCCGGUGGUCCUCUCUGCUUCGUCCAUCCACUUUUCCUCCAGACCCGACAGCACCACCAUCGGGAAGAAGACCCGUUAGAGGAUGUGAUAAAGGUGCCUGUGAAGCCAACGAGCAGCAGUCAAGCCAACGAGAUCAAAGUCAACCGCAAUUCACACCCUCCUCCUCGACCACCCCCGCCUCGCUUGAUGCCACGCCGGCGACCCGCCCCACCUCCACCAGGACACCCCACGCCUAUCACCAAACCCAAAAGCAUGCCAGUGGCCAUCCCUGUGACUCCAAGGCAGCAGCAGCAGCAGGGCCCCACCAGGCGUCCGGCCCCCCCUAGACCAACAAUGGGUGGCAAAUACAGCAGCCCAUCCAAAAGUGGCAACCCACCAAUCUCUGUGCCUAAAAACCCACCGCCUCCGAGACCUAAUAAGCCUGAUCUGGAAGCCCAGCGGUGCCACAUUGCCCUGGAUGAUGAGACCAUCGCUCAGGCCUUGUCUCGAGCCAAGCUACCACCUUCCAUCCCUGAUGCUGUUCCACAGGAGCAAAACGGUGGGAGUCCAUCCAUCCGGAACAAGAGAGGGCUUCAACGGCUUAGUGACAUGAGCGUGUCCACGUCUUCCUCGGAUUCACUGGAAUAUUCACAGUCACCAGGAUACAUGGUAGAGGACACCAGCGAGGAGGAGGAGGAGGAUGACGACGCGGAAGAGGAAGUAGAGGAGGAUUACGGGGUGGGUUUAGAGACGGAUUUAGAAAUGCGUCUGCGCCCAUCCUUCAAAUGUCGAAGGCGCAGGGUAGGUGUGAGCCUGAGUGGCGGAUCAUUUAUUCUGCCCCGCGCCUUGAAGGGACGCUUCCGCAAGGUGAGCGGGAUGCUCUCCUCCCUGAUGACCCCAGAGAGACGGGCGGUGAAAAAGAUAGCUGAGCUGUCCCGGGACAAAGGCUCGUAUUUUGGCUCCCUGGUCCAAGACUACAUCGGCUUUGUUCAGGAGAACCGUGGCUGUCACACAUCAGGGAUUGAUUUUCUGCAGACGCUCAGGCAGUUCAUGACACAGAUGAAAGCGUACCUGUGCCAAAGCUCUGAGCUGGACCCUCCGAUAGAGUCCCUCAUCCCUGAACAUCUGAUCGAUCAAGUGCUGGAGAAGUCCAUGCACAAGUGUGUGUUGAAGCCCCUGAAGAGCGUCAUUGAUGUGGCUUUACACGACUUCCAGGUGAACAGUGGAGAAUGGCAGCAGAUGAAGGAGAACCUGGCGCUGGCUAAGACCAAGAGGCCACAGGAGCUGGGCGUGGAUGGUGCCGUGCCCCCUGACCCGGUGGCCAUUAAAAGGAUUCGCCAGAAGUUCCUCAGCAUGAGGAAGAUGUACUCACCUGAGAAGAAGGUGUCGCUGCUGUUACGCGUGUGCAAGCUCAUCUACACCAUCAUGCAGGACAACUCGGGCAGGAUGUACGGUGCUGAUGACUUCCUGCCCAUGUUGACCUACGUGGUGGCGCAGUGUGACAUGCCUCAGCUGGACACAGACAUCCAGUACAUGAUGGAGCUGCUGGAUCCAUAUCUGCUUCAGGGAGAAGGGGGUUACUACCUGACCAGUGCCUACGGAGCCAUGGCCCUCAUCAAGAACUUCCAGGAAGAGCAGGCCGCAAGGGUGCUGAGCUCCGAGACCAGAAACACGCUACACCAGUGGCACCGUCGCCGCACGGCGCAGCGUUCCGCACCGACCGUGGACGACUUUCAGAACUACCUCCGUGUGGCCCUCCAAGAGGUGGACAGCGACUGCACGGCCAAAACUUUGAUGGUCCAUCCGUACACCACCACGGAGGAGGUCUGCUCCCUCUGCGCUUCCAAAUUAAAGGUCCCGCAGCCUGACGACUACGCGCUCUUCCUGGUGACUGAUGGCACCAGUCAGCAGCUGGCCCCUGACACGCACCCACAACAAAUCAAAGCUGAGCUGCACAGUCGACCCCGGGCUAAGACCUUCCAUUUUGUCUACAAAAGACUCCCUCGUGGAAAUCUGUGCAUCUCUGCUGUCACACAUCAUGGAUGAUUUCCUCCUCUUGCCAACGGAUUCUAAAGAGUGGCUGAUGUGCGAGCGUGCGCUGGUGCUUGAUGACGCUUGACUGCAUUUGAAGAGGAAGUGCCGAGUAGGAUGUUGGAAUCUGCAAAGUGAUAGCAUCAGUCUGGUAAUUGUUUAUGUCGUCAUGUCAAGAAGGAAUAUAAGAGGUUGUGUUCACGGGCUGAUUUGCAGGAUGGUUAGUGCGAUGAGUCUACGUGGAGGAGGAAAGGUUUUUGGUUUUUGCAGCAUAAUAUCCCUUUUUGUGUCAUUACCUUUUGCCUUGACUGCUGUGAUUUUAACGGGCCUUCAGUUGGAAUUGUAAAAUACUGUUUGCUACUGUCCUAUUCUACAUAGUGAUGAGCUAGCUUAUAUUGUAGCAUGAAGCACAAACACAUUCACACAGACCGCUUUGUUUCAACUACAAUGUGUUAUUUCUGCAAUUGCUGGUCAAUUGCAACUUGUGUUACUACGGAUAAAUAUUUAGUUUAUAUUCACAUUGUUCCUUCUACAUCUCUAAGGGGGUGAAAAUGUGUGUUCCAAAUAUGAUUUCUGCACUGGACAUAAUACUGAUCUAGUUUGAUUGUAUUUUUACACGUACAGUCAUCCCUCGCCAUUUUGUGCUUUGGAUUCCGUGGUUCCACUCUAUUACCAAUAAUAUAUUCAUGAAUAAACUAUAGCUGGUUGAAUACGAGCUAUUGUUAGUUUUUAAAAAUGCAUUAUAAAGCAAAUUGAACGUGUUUUUGACCAAAUGAAGCAUUUUCAAGCAUAAAAAUGUCUAAAUGAACUAAAAUACAAAUAUAAGGCAUUUAGAAGACGCAUUCAAAGACAUUGUGCCGAUAUGUAGUAUUCUACACUGGUCACUAGGUGUCAGUAAUGUUCCUGUAAUGUUUAGUGAGGCACACAAGCACCAGACUUGAUCGCCGGAACAACAGGCUGAGCUAAAUGAUCUCACAGCAGGCACAAGAAUUCCGAACACGGGCUACUGUUGCGGCCGUAACCCACGCCAACUUAAACUCAACUCUGAACCUCAGACGUCACUUCCUGUCCGCCAAUCAUUCAACUCCCAUAGGGAAAACAUUUACAGCAACACACAAGAGCACGAGUCUUAUUUAUGUCUUAAAUGUCUUAUUUUCUCCUAUUAUGUCUACUAUAUUGGGUAAUAGGAGUGUAAAGGUGACUAUAGGGGUGUUAUUUCAUGUCUAGAGGACUUAAAGAAUAUAUUUACAAGGUCCUGAAUAGGUUUUCUAUGCUCAACUUUCAUUUAUGAAUAAGGAAUCCUACUUGGCAGAAAUUCACUCAUCAAGGGCAUGUCUGUCAACAAUUAACCACAAUAAAUGAGGGAUUGCUGAGGUUUAAAAGGGAUGUGAUACAUUUCAAUUCAAGGACAUUAAACUAUGAAAGUAUUUAGGAGCACAGAAGUGUGAACGUCAAGUCAUUCUUGUGGUUUGCAAAUAAACAGCAAAUGCUGAACUGCAGCUUGAAGGACACCCGUCCGACAUUAAUGUUACUUUUCUAAAUGUACCUGACUGCCAAACACAAUCUGUUCCAUGAUGCUGGUUGAAUUCUAAGUUAUUUCUAAUUCCGGUAUGUUUUUAUAGGACGUACAAUGCUUAUUUUCAAAAGGUCCACAACAGGUUAUUUGAAAACAUGUUUUCAAGAAACAUGCUUAGAAAUGCCAUGAAACAGCCAAACACGUUUAAAUAUACAGUAAAAUAGGUUCAACUGAAAUUUUUAAUCAACUAUUUAAUCGCUAGUUUGUUCUUUGCCAGAAUUGUGUAUUUUACACAUGCAAUGCUUUUAUAUUUAUGAGUUGAGA